ACCCAACAUGCAAUUACCCAAAUCAAAUUUAUUUCCUUUUUCUACAAUUUCACUGUUUUAGAAUGUUCAAGCAAAAACCCAAGAGAAAUUUUGCAUUUUGAAUCGGAUUGUUAAAUGGGUUUCCCCUAAAUCCUGCAAAAGAUUUGCAUUUAGAAGCCUGUAGCUACAUGGGGUUCUUGUAAAUUCUGCAAAUUUUCUUCAAAAUGGUGAAGAAGGGCGGGUGAAAGAUGAAUGUUGACUCUAUACUUUAAAAGGGGUCCAAGAAUUACUGUAGGGAGACUAGCAGAGCUGGUGGGUUUGUGUGGGGAAGGGUCACAGCAGCUACUCAGUUAGGAUCUGAGUAAGAAAACAGAGGAAUAAAUUUAACAGGCAGUGGUGCGAAUGGAAUCCAAAGGGAGAGAGAGAAACAGGGGAUGGAAGCAUAUGGGGGAUUGUGCGUAAGGGUGUGCUGUGUGAAUGUGAUUCGUAGAAAGCUAAUCUUUUUACAUCUGCUUCUGCGUGGAGGGAUUGGUGGAAGCUGGUUUUUUUGAUCUCAUCAGAAACAGAAGCCCCAAUGUCACAUUUUGCAUUUGCAUCUUUAUCCACUACACACAGCACAGGUCUUUCCCUCUUCUCUUUCUCCUUCUCCUUCUCUUUCUCUUUCAUGCAUCUUAUUAAAUGACAUUAUUUCACGUCUUUAUAUUUAUGGUUGAAUUUUAUCCUGAAUGUCUGACUGUUCAGAUGCAAGUAGGAUAGGGGUUAUGCAUGUUCACAUUUUUGCUUCUGCUAGGUUUAUACUCUUUCUGCUGAUUUGGGGAUAAGGGUUUUGUUGAAUAGUAUAAUAUAAGUUUCACUGAUGAAACAGUUUUGACUUACAUACUAUUCAUAUUUUGUAUGUUAAAAUAUAUGAUCAUCAUUAAAUGCCAAAAACAAGAAUUAUUAAUCAUUGAAACCAAAUCUCUUUGCAAGCCUUCUUUUCUUUUCCUGAUUGAUCCGAAGCUUUUUAAUUUUGUCUUUUAUUGGCCAUCAAGCUUUUUAAUUUAACUAAAUCAGUAUGGGUGAUAGCUUAGUCGUUUCCUGUUCUAGUUACCUCAUAGCCAAGUAGACAGAUUUGGCUUAGGAAAAUGAUAUAUGUCUCAAAUCAACAUUCAAGAAGAGUUUCUAAUUUGUGGGGAUUGUUUAACAAGUAUAGUUUCCCUCUAUAGACCCCAGCGUUCAUGCUUGUGAUCAAACAGUGUCAGCUUCAAAUUUAGGUAUACAAAAUAUAUUGCAGUGUUAGGUCGUAGAAAUUGUUGAUUUCUUUAUUAAAUUAACAGAAGAGGUAACAAUUUGUCCUCUGGGUUUCAUUUUCACUGUUGUUGCUGGCCGAAACUCUGCUUAACGCCACAGAAGCCGCCUCUGGCACUGUCACCUCUAAUUGAUUAAGAAGUAAAAAGGUUAAGAGUGAAAAUGGCAGCAACAACAACUGGGAUAUAGAUACGGUAUUAUUAGUGGGGAAAAGAUGGUAUGGAGGGUUUCUGUCUUUAGCAUGUUGUGGAAGGCCUUUACAAAGACGGUCCAAAUUCUUUGUUCAAUCAACAGAAAGACUCAAAUCAUGUAGAACAGUUUUGUUUUAAAUGGAAAGAUUGGGAAUUUCCUCUUCUAUCCUAAAUCAAGGAAAGAAAAGGGAUGGCUUAGU